GGGGCGUGUCGAGGUGCAUCCCGAGAGAGGGGCUGGAGCGGAGCUGUUGGGUCUGGAUUCUGCAUCCCCUGAGUGGACCGACCGGGAGGUAUCCUUGUGGUGCGGUAGUAUGCACACCCGCCGUCCUCCCUAGACCGGCAGAGGUUGAGAAGACCAUGCUUCAUAUAUUCUUGAACACAUUGCAGCAAGUACAGUGCUUGGGGAAGAAUAGGUGCUUUACAAAUCUUUGAAAAGGACAGAGUAACUGGGCAUGCCAUUAAUAAUGACCUUCUAGAGGAACCAGAGUAAAUGAUAUUUGAAUUUUAAGUGGUUCUCUGUUGAGGAUGGAGGCACAGAAAUCAGAAAGCAUGGAAAAAUGUAGAGUGAUCUUAGAGAAAAUAUCGCAGUUCAUUUUGAGCAAAAUGCCAAAGUCUGACUAUUCCAGUUUAUUCAAUGAUUUUGUUGAAUCUGAGUUCUUUCUGAUUGAUGGCGAUUCCUUACUUGUAACGUGUGUUUGUGAGAAGUCAUUGCAGCCGGGACAGAGUCUGCAUUUCUUCUACGUGGUUGAGCGCUAUCUCUUGGACAUUAUUAAUAAAGGAGGGCAAUUUGCCAUCAUUUUCUUUCAGGAUGCUGAGUGUGCGUACUUCAACUUCCCAGAACUUCUUCUUCUGAGAUCUGCUUUGAUUUUGCAUCUCCAGAAGAACACCACCAUUGAUGUUUGGACUAAAUUUUCAGGAUGCUUGUCAGAUGAAUGGAGUGUUUUCUUGGAAGAGAACUGCCCGUAUUUCCUGAUAGUUGCAGAUGAAGGCCUGAACCAAUGGCAAACAUACCUUUUCAACUUUCUAGUCAUUCAGUCUUGGGCAGUGAAAGUCAAUGCCGUGCUUUUUUCCGGGCAAGAAUCGGACAUUCUUCGUCUCUAUGCAUACUUUAUGCAAAGCACAUUCGAAAAACAGAUGUUUUUCAAGAAGAUGGAAAAGACUAUCACACAUGUUUACAAAAUCCUGCUUCAAGAAUUGGGGAAACAUAAAGACCUUGCAUUGGCUCCUAUGUUUGGAGAAUUAAAAGUCAACAACAUGAUGACAGAGGCAUGUGAGAUGAUUACUCUGCUUAAAGAACUCUGGCCAGAAGGAUCUGACAUCCGGCGCGUCCUUUGUGUGACUUCAUGCUCCCUGUCUUUGGACAUGUACCACUACUUUUUAGAAAGCAGAAAGAGGAAUGCGUCUGAGCAGACCUGGGACACCCAGAAGGGAAAAGGCCCUGGCCUAACCCUGCAGGACAUGGAAGACUUUUGUAAGCUGCAUUGCCUUAGUGUGGCAUUUCUACUCCACUUACCUCUUUCUCAGAGAGCUCACUCUAGAUUCAUCACUUCUGACUGGAGUAAGGACAUGAUGACUGUCUUUAAAAUGAAAAAGUGGUGUGAGUAUUUCAUCCUAAGUAAUGUACACAUGUUUGAAUUUUGGAGUCUGAAUUUACUUCACCUUUCUGAUUUAAGUGAUGAGCCUUUGUUGAAGAAUAUUGCUUAUUACUAUGAAAGUGAGAAUGAACAAGGGCUACAUUUAAAUUUAGGUGAUGCCAUCACGAAGGAUUAUGAACACCUCUGGAAUUCUGUAUCCAAGUUGGUCACAAAGUUUGAUGUGGGAAAACCAUUUCCUGUGAGAAAAACAAAACUUCAUUUUCUUAUUAAGAAUCCAUCACCAAUCAAAGAAAGCUCCCAGGAAGAGAUGCCAAGUUUGGGUUUUAUUCCUGUGUCAUCUCAUUUGGUGGAUGCAUUUGCUGGAGACGUUUUGAAAGAUUUACCAUUCCUAAAGAGUGAUGAUCCUCAGGUUACUUCACUGGUUAAACAGAAGGACUUUGAUGAACUUGUACACUGGCAUUCACAAAGACCCCUUAGUGAUGAUUAUGACAGGACAAAGUCCAGUUUCUUUGAGAAUUGCAGAGACCCCCGUGCUCUUAAGAGCUACCAGAAGUAUAACGUUUUUCAACGAUUUUAUGGGAACUCAUUAGAAUCAGUCUCUUCAAAGCUCAUCGUAACUCAGGAUGCUAAGGCAACAAAGAAUUUUAAUGAGACUAAGAACAAAAGAGCACAUGAGACCAAGGCCGAAAUAAUUGCUAGAGAGAAUAAGAAGAGGUUACUUGCCAAGGAAGAACAAAAAGAAGAGCAAAAAUGGACAACUCUGUCAUUAUCUAUUGAGGAAGAAAUGAAAAAGAAUUUAAUCUCUGGAAUAAAGAAGCUGGAAGAUUUUUUAAAAUCAUGUAAAAGUAACUCAGUGAAAGUACAGGUUGAAAGAGUAGGGUUAACAGCUUGCUUGAAAAUGUGGAAAGAACACUGUCAAGCUGAAGGUAAAAUAAAAAGAGACUUUAGCAUAGCUGUUGAAAUGAUGAAAAGGAUCCACUCCUUGAUGGACAAAUACUCAGAACUUCUGCAAGAAGCAGAUUGGAAACUCAUAGCCCGAUGUCUUAAGUAUUUAGGAUUUAAUGAGCUAGCAACUUCUUUACAUCCAAACCAGGAUGCAGGAGCUGACAUAAAGGAGAAGAAAAAGAAUAAAUAUUCAGUUGGUAUUGGGCCAGCUCGGUUCCAACUACAAUAUAUGGGUCACUGCUUGAUACGAGAAGAAAGAAAAGAUCCAGACCCCAGGGUCCAGGAUUUUAUCCCUGACACAUGGCAGCGAGAACUUCUGGAUGUUGUGGAUAACUAUGAGUCUGCAGUGAUUGUCGCCCCAACGUCCUCAGGCAAAACGUAUGCUUCUUACUACUGCAUGGAGAAAGUGCUGAAGGAGAGUGAUGAAGGGGUGGUUGUAUAUGUUGCACCAACAAAGGCACUUGUUAAUCAAGUGGCAGCAACUGUUCAACAUCGUUACACCAAAAAUCUGCCAGCUGGUCAAGUUCUGUGUGGCAUCUUCACUAGGGAUUAUCGUCAUGACGCCCUAAACUGCCAGGUGCUUAUCACAGUGCCUGCCUGCCUUGAAAUUCUGCUGCUAGCCCCUCAUCGGCAAAGCUGGGCGAAAAGGAUCAGAUAUGUUAUAUUUGAUGAGGUCCAUUGUCUUGGUGGAGAAAUUGGAGCAGAAAUCUGGGAGCAUCUCCUCGUCAUGAUCCGAUGUCCCUUUUUGGCCCUUUCAGCUACAAUAAGCAACCCUCAGCAUCUCACUGAGUGGCUGCAGUCGGUAAAAUGGUACUGGAAGAAAGAAGACAGUGCAACGGGGAAAAGCACUGUUUCCAAAAGAAAUGUGAGUGCCCACGGCAAUUAUCACAAAGCCCACUGGCAUGUAAAACAGUCGUACAAAGUUAGACUUGUGCUGUAUGGUGAGAGAUACAAUGACUUAGAGAAAUAUUUGUGUUCCGUGAGACAGAAUGAUGUCUGCUUUGAGCAUUUUCACCCAUGUGCUGCACUAACCACAGAUCAUAUUGAAAAAUAUGGAUUCCCUUCUGAUCUUGCCUUUUCACCUCGAGAAAGUAUACAACUUUAUGACACCAUGCUUCAAGUCUGGAAAAGUUGGCCCCAGGCACAGAACCUGUGUCCAGAGAAUUUCAUUCAUUUUAAAGAUAAAAUAAUCAUUAAAAAGUUGGAUGCUAGAAAAUAUGAAGAGAGAUUAAAGGCAGAACUAACAAAUUGGAUUAAAAAUGGUGAAGAAGAAAAGGCCAAAAUCGUGCUGAGGAAACUUAACCCUAAUUUAGAUGAUCACUCAGGAUGCAUGUUAGAUUACUUCCCACACCUUGUUGAAAAGCUAAAGCAAAUGGACAAAUUGCCUGCAAUAUUCUUUCUAUUCAGAUUACAUGAUGUAGAAGGGUGUGCUUUAGAAGCUUGUAAAUUCCUGAUAGACAAGGAGGAGGAAAAAAGGCCUCCCAAAGCUGACAAAGAAGCCCACGAAAUGGCUGCCAAACUUCGGAAAGUUGGAAAAUCCUUGGAGAAACAAAAGAUAAUAGAUGAAAAAAGCCAGAAACCUUCCAGAAGACUGGAUCAACAAAUAUUACAUGCAGCUGAAUAUAAUUAUCUGGUGAAAAGUUUAAAGAAGAACCUGGAGAUGCCUCAGGACUGCACGUAUGCUGACCAGAAAGCUAUAGACGAUGAGUCAUUGCAGAUGGUGUUUCAGCGAGUAAGAUUUGAAAGAAAAGGAAAGACACUGAAACGUUUGGCCAGAAGGGGCAUUGGCUUUCAUCAUAGUUCAAUGAGCGCCAAAGAAAAACAGCUAGUUGAAAUUCUCUUCAGGAAAGGAUUCAUUAGGGUGGUGACAGCUACUGGAACACUUGCUUUAGGAGUCAACAUGCCUUGUAAAUCUGUGGUUUUUGCUCAAAACUCGGUCUAUCUGGAUGCUUUAAAUUUCAGACAGAUGUCUGGUCGUGCUGGAAGACGAGGUCAAGACGUGCUUGGAAAUGUCUAUUUCUUUGAUAUUCCAUUGCCCAAAAUAGGAAAACUCAUAAAAUCCAAAGUUCCUGAGCUGAGGGGACAGUUCCCCCUCAGCAUAUCUCUGAUCCUCAGACUCAUGCUACUCGCCUCCAGGGCAGAUGACCCAGAGGACGGCAAAGCAAAGGCACUGUCAGUGCUAAAGCACUCAUUACUGUCCUUCAAGCGACCCAGAACCGCGGACAUGUUAAAGCUCUACUUCCUGUUUUCUUUGCAGCUCUUGGUGAAAGAGGGAUAUAUAGAUCAAGAAGGUAAUCCUACAGGAUUUGCUGGGCUUGUAUCACAUUUACAUUACCAUGAACCUUCUAAUUUUGUUUUUGUCAGUUUUCUUGUAAGAGGCCUGUUCCAUAAUCUUUGUCAGCCAACUCAGAAAGGUUCACGUCGUUUUUCUAAAGAUGUAAUGGAAAAGUUGGUGUUAGUAUUGGCAAAUCUUUUUGGAAGACAUUAUUUUCCAGCAAAGUUCCAAGAUGCUAACACCAAGUUUUAUCAGUCAAAGGUGUUCCUUGAUGACCUCCCUGAUGAUUUUGAUGCUGCACUACAUGAAUAUAACAUGCAAGUUACAAAGGAUUUUGCCAAUUUUCUACAAAUUGUGUCCAGAUUGGCUGAUAUGAAACAGGAAUAUCAACUCCCCUUGUCAAAAAUUCAAUUCACAGGUAAAGAAUGUGAAGACUCUCCACUUGUGUCUCACUUGAUGAGCUGCACCAAAGGAAGGGUGGCAAUUUCACCAUUUGCUUGUCUCUCUGGGAACUUCGAUGGUGAUCUGCUUCAUCCAGGAGUUUCAAAUAAUAUGAUUCUGCACACAGUUGGCAUCAGUCACAUCCAGGCUCCUGUGCUAUGUCCACAAAGAAUGGACAGUCAAGGAAGAAAAAUGCCACUUAAUGCUUAUGCACUUGACUUCUACAAGCAUGGAUCCCUGGUAGGAUUAGUUCAGGACAACAGGAUGCAUGAAGGGGCAGCUUACCAAAUGUUGAAAGAUUUUUCCCUUACCAUUAAGGCAAUCAGUGUCUCCUUGCGUGAGCUGUGUGAGAACGAGGAAGACAAUGUUGUUUUAGCAUUUGAACAAUUGAGCAACACGUUUUCUGAAAAGUUUAACAAAGUCUGAAAAACCAAGACUCUGCAAACCACCUAAACUAUCAAUCACCAUAAAAGCUUUCGAAGUCACAUUUUUAAUUCUUGUGUUUUGGUCAGAAAAUCAUACAUGAUGAAGUGGAAAAGGCAAGUCACUUAGAGUCAAAGAGCUUCAAUCAAGCUUGCUGUGUUCUGAAUACUCCUGAGCAAGUUACCUGGUGUAUCCAAAUCUUGGUUUCUUCUAAUAGUUUAGUAAAAAUGUUAUGUCUCCAAUUCAUUGAAGAUUGAAUGAGAAAAUUCAAGGAUUUUGUAUGUGGUCGAAGAAUUUUACUUUACUAUGUGAGAUCUAAACACAUACUAUGUUUUAAAUAUUUUUCCCUAGCUGUUAAGAUGUAAAAAUUUUAUUGAGAGUACAAUAUUAUGAGGAUGUAAUAUAUUCUUUCCAGUGAACAUAAAUGGAAUUUGCCUAACUUAGGUAUAUAGCUAUUGAAAUAGUACAUUUUUA